AAUCGUUCUCACAGCAUGGCGGAGCGAGCUGUGGCUCGGAUGGAUUGUUACUCGCGUUUCAAUACCUGGUUCGUGUCUUGAGAGGGAUUUAACUGGAACGAAACGUGUGACAGAACUCGAACAACAGCAAAAAAAGAAGUCACAAUAAAGAGAAACAAAAAAGAACUUGGUCGUAUUCGUUCACCAUGGCGGACCGCGGCGCGGAUUUGGCGGCUUUACCCAAAGAGGUGAAGGACCAGCUGGCGGAGUUGGAGCUCGAGCUUUCUGAAGGUGACAUCACACAGAAGGGCUACGAGAAGAAAAGAGCCAAACUGCUGGCCCCGUACAUACCACGUACCCAGAAUCUAGAUCCAGGACUAAAGAGUAUCCACUUGGCUCCAGGCCCCGGUGUCGACUCGUCUCCCAGUCCGGACGCAGGACCCUCGGCCCCUCCACGGCAACACCGCUCACAUCGCAGCGGCGGGACACGCGAUGACCGUUACAGAUCAGAUAUCCACACGGAAGCCGUACAGGCGGCUCUGGCCAAGCAUAAAGAGCAAAAGAUGGCACUGCCCAUGCCUACUAAGCGUCGAUCAGCCUUCGUCCACGCCACCGUGGAGAACUGCACCCCUCCUGACACGUCGUCUGCAUCUGAGGACGAAGGGUCUCUGCGCAGACGACAGGCCGCAGUGAGUGCGGUUCUCGCUCAGAGUCUGCAGAAUUCCGAGUUCUGGAUCAACCGCUCAAUCCAGGGAUCGUCCACUUCGUCCUCUGCCUCGUCUACCUUGUCUCAUGGAGAAGGCAGCAAGAACCACAUCCAGAACGCACUGGCAGACGUGCUCGCACACACCCGCAUAGAGAGCAGCAGCGUUCCUCCUGACGUGACGUCCACAGCGCCACAGGACAGAAACUCACGAGGGGAAGUGGGUUCCAGUCCUGUAGUGAAGGGUGUAAGUCGAGGCAGCAACCGCUCCAGCAUGAUGGACACUGCAGACGGCGUUCCAGUGCACAGCAGAGUCUCAACCAAGAUCCAGCAGCUCCUUAACACACUAAAAAGGCCCAAGCGUCCUCCACUUAGCGAAUUCUUCAUGGAUGAUGGCGAGCAAAUUGUGGAAGUCCCUCGUCCAGAUCCUAACACCCCACGUCCUGAGGGUCGUCAGAUGAUCCCAGUGAAAAGCGAGCCCCUGGGCGUAGUGAGUAACUGGCCCCCGGCACUGCAGGCAGCGCUCGCCAGAUGGGGUGCUACCCAAGCCAAGAGCCCGGCUCUCACAGCGCUGGACAUCACCGGCAAACCCCUCUACACUCUCACCUAUGGUAAACUGUGGAGCCGUAGUCUUAAACUGGCAUACACCCUUUUAAACAAACUGGGCACCAAGAACGAGCCUGUGCUCAAACCUGGAGACCGGGUGGCCCUGGUCUACCCCAACAGUGAUCCUGGUAUGUUCUGGGUGGCUUUCUACGGUUGUCUGCUGGCUGAAGUCAUUCCUGUUCCAAUAGAGGUGCCACUGUCCCAGAAGGAUGCAGGAAACCUGCAAGUUGGCUUUUUAUUGGGCAGCUGUGGUAUCGGUCUGGCUCUCACCAGUGAAGUGUGUCUUAAAGGUCUACCCAAAUCCCCCAGUGGAGAAAUACUCCAGUUUAAAGGAUGGCCUCGGCUCAGAUGGGUCGUCACAGACACCAAGUAUCUUACCAAACCGUCUAAAGACUGGCAGCCACACAUCCCCACUGCUAACACUGACACAGCUUACAUCGAGUACAAGGCCAGUAAGGAAGGCACGGUGAUGGGGGUGGCUGUUUCGAAAAUCUCCAUGCUGACGCACUGCCAGGCUCUCACUCAGGCCUGUAAUUACUGUGAAGGUGAGACACUGGUCAAUGUCCUGGACUUUAAGAAAGACAUGGGGCUGUGGCAUGGGGUCCUGGCUAGUGUGAUGAACAGGAUUCACACCAUCAGUGUGCCCUAUGCUGUUAUGAAGGCAUGUCCACUAUCCUGGGUGCAGCGAGUUCACGUCAGCAAAGCACGCGUAGCACUCGUGAAGUGCCGGGAUCUGCACUGGGCUAUGAUGGCUCAUCGAGACCAAAAGGACAUCAGCCUGUCCUCCCUGCGCAUGCUUAUUGUAGCUGAUGGUGCUAAUCCCUGGUCUGUGUCAUCCUGUGAUGCCUUCCUGAACGUGUUCCAGACUCACGGCCUGAAGCCUGAGGUGAUUUGUCCCUGUGCCUCUUCUCCUGAGGCCCUGACUGUAGCUAUACGCAGGCCCGGUGUCCCUGGUGCCCCUCUCCCUGCCAGAGCCGUCCUGUCUAUGGGAGGACUGAGUCACGGAGUGAUCCGUGUCAACACAGAGGACAAGAACUCUGCUCUGACUGUGCAGGACGUCGGCCAUGUGAUGCCCGGAGCUCUGAUGUGUAUAGUCAAGCCAGAGGGUCCUCCCAUGCUGUGUAAAACGGACGAGAUCGGCGAGAUUGUGCUAAACUCUCGUGCUGGCGGCACCAUGUACUACGGCUUACCAGGAGUCACCAAAAACACCUUUGAGGUGAUUCCUGUAAACUCAGGUGGAACUCCUAUAGGCGAGACACCCUUCACCCGUACAGGACUCUUGGGUUUUGUGGGUCCGGGCAGUCUGGUGUUUGUUGUGGGAAGAACCGAAGGACUCCUCAUGGUCAGUGGACGCAGGCAUAACGCGGAUGACCUAGUGGCCACAGCGCUGGCUGUAGAGCCGGUAAAAACAGUCUACAGAGGGAGGAUUGCAGUGUUCUCAGUCACAGUGUUCUAUGACGAGAGGAUCGUGAUCGUGGCCGAGCAGAGGCCCGACGCCAACGAGGAGGACAGCUUUCAGUGGAUGAGUCGAGUCUUACAGGCUAUAGACACUAUCCAUCAAGUGGGCUUGUACUGUUUAGCUUUAGUCCCAGCCAACACUUUACCCAAGACGCCUCUGGGUGGCAUCCACGUGUCCCAGACGAAACACUGCUUUGUGGAGGGCUCACUGCACCCUUGCAACAUUCUUAUGUGCCCUCAUACUUGCGUGACCAACCUACCUAAACCCAGGCAGAAACAACCAGUGGGAGUAGGUCCUGCCUCUAUCAUGGUAGGAAACUUGGUGGCAGGGAAGAGGAUUGCCCAGGCAACAGGCAGGGACUUGGGCAUCAUUGAUGAUCAGGACAUGUCCCGCAAGCAUCAGUUCCUGUCAGAGGCGCUGCAGUCGAGAGCACAGAGUGACCCUGAUCACGUCCUCUACAUGGUCCUCAAUGCCAAAGGGGCAGCAGUAAGCACAGCCACAUGUGUACAGCUUCACAAAAGAGCUGAGAAGAUUACAGCAGCGCUGCAGGAGCGAGGAGGCAUCAACACUGGAGACAACGUGGUGCUACUCUACCCUCCUGGCAUCGACCUUAUUGCCGCGUUCUAUGGCUGUCUGUACGCCGGCUGUAUACCGGUGACGGUCCGGCCUCCUCACCCCCAAAACCUGGCGGCUACGCUUCCCACCGUGCGCAUGAUCAUAGACGUGAGCAAAGCAGCCUGUAUCCUGACUACUCAGGCUCUCAUGAAGACUUUACGAUCCAAAGAAGCUGCAGCUAGUGUGAACGUGAAGACGUGGCCCACUAUCAUAGACACGGAUGAUCUUCCAAAGAAGAGGCCGCCUAAUAUCUAUAAACCUCCCACGCCUGAGAUGUUGGCCUAUCUGGACUUCAGCGUGUCCACCACUGGCAUGCUGACAGGCGUAAAGAUCUCUCACGCUGCAGUGAGUGCUCUUUGUCGCUCCAUUAAGCUCCAGUGUGAGCUCUACUCCUCCAGACAGGUGGCCAUCUGCCUCGACCCCUACUGCGGCCUUGGCUUUGUUCUCUGGUGCCUCUCGAGCGUGUAUUCAGGUCAUCAGUCCAUCUUGAUUCCCCCAAUGGAGCUGGAGGGCUCUCCUCCUCUGUGGCUGAGCACACUCAGUCAGUAUAAGAUCAGAGACACCUUCUGCUCCUACUCCGUCAUGGAGCUCUGCACCAAGAGCCUGGGAACGCAGACCGAGGUUCUGAAGACGCGAGGUGUGAAUCUGUCAUGUGUGAGGAGCUGCGUUGUAGUGGCAGAGGAAAGGCCUCGGCUGGCGCUCACACAGUCUUUCUCCAAGCUGUUUAAGGACUUGGGACUUUCACCACGCGCAGUCAGCACCGCAUUCGGCUCCAGAGUCAACCUGGCCAUUGGCCUGCAGGGAACGGCUGGUCCAGAUCCUUCAACUGUUUACGUAGAUAUGAAAUCCCUCCGCCACGACAGGGUAAGACUGGUGGAGAGAGGAGCUCCUCAGAGUCUGCCCCUCAUGGAGUCAGGAACUAUUCUUCCAGGAGUCAGAGUCAUUAUCGUGAACCCGGAAACUAAAGGACCACUUGGAGACUCGCAUCUGGGCGAGAUCUGGGUGAACAGCCCUCACAAUGCCAGUGGCUACUACACCAUUUAUGGAGAGGAGAACCUGCAGGCUGAUCACUUCAACACACACUUGAGCUUUGGUGAGACUCAGACACUAUGGGCCAGGACCGGGUACCUGGGCUUCAUCAGGAGAACCGAGCUGCUGGAUGCCACUGGAGAUCGUCAUGAUGCGCUGUUUGUGGUCGGCUCGUUGGAUGAGACGUUGGAGCUGCGUGGUCUGCGCUAUCACCCCAUCGACAUCGAGACAUCAAUAUCACGGGCACAUCGCAGCAUUGCGGAAAGUGCCGUGUUCACCUGGACCAACCUCCUGGUGGUGGUGGCUGAGCUGAGCAGCUCCGAGCAAGAAGCUCUGGAUCUGGUGCCCCUGAUCACCGGAGUGGUUCUAGAGGAGCACCACCUGAUCGUCGGAGUGGUGGUUGUGGUGGAUCCCGGCGUCAUUCCCAUCAACUCUCGGGGAGAGAAGCAGCGCAUGCACCUGCGGGACUCUUUCCUGGCUGACCAGCUGGACCCCAUCUAUGUGGCCUACAACAUGUGAGCCGACCGGAGCUUCUUCAGGGGAGCCAAAAUAAAUAGCAGAAGAACGCCAGUCUUUCCCAAGCAAAGAGCCUUCAGCUAAUUUUCUCUGUGCCUCUCGAUAACAUGAGAUGCAAAUUCAGACAGGCAGCAGGUGCUUCUUUUCUCCUUGUGCUAGACUAACAGGUUAACCCUGAACCGUGUUUUUUUAACCCGCAACUUUGCCAGCGGCCAUUUUAAAGAGCACGACAGCAAAAAAAAAAAAAAAGUUGCACGUUAUUCACUUGCGAUUGCUUCUUCAAUAAGACAGGCAAUACCACCGGCUCUAAUGGCUCUGCACUCUGGUUUGAGUCCAGACCGAAGACUGGAGAGGCUAACAUAUAAACUUGCACUUUACUCCUCCUCUUGAGCCUUUUUUUUUUGUGGGGGAGGGUGUCCUUCAUUUUUCAUUCUAAAAGUGCAAACAAAUUUAAAGAUGUCUUGCGACACAUUUUCUUUGUCCAUCUGGGGAGAAAACUGUGAGUUGGUGCAGUCUGGGAUCACAUUAUGCAUCAUUCAUAAGGGCAAAAUACUGUCCUGAUUUAAGAGGGCUUCUCAAACCCCUUAUUGGUGCUCACUUUGAAGUUCACACACCUUUUCUCCCCUUGUGGACAAAACACCAGACGGACAUGGUUGAGUAUUAGCAGGAUCACCAGCGCCGUUAGCUGUGCUAGUUUGACACGCAGAAUUUGCUUUGUUCACAUAUAUUUUGUCUUUUACUCAGAACUACUGGAUGUUUUAAAGCAGAAAGGCAAACGGUUGGUUUGCGCGCACGAGAAUAGAUUUUAUAACUCAUAUUGCCAACAGUAAUGCACAGCGCUUGAUAACCAGUGUGAUAAAUAGCUUUUAAAGGAUCCUCACAGGAAGCACAAGUCGAUUCGGACAUACUGGAUAUCUGUCUUGAAAUUUAUAUGCAGUGAACUAAUAUACACUUAGGGUGAAAGGAAAAUUUCAAGAUAAACUUCAUGCCUUAUGAAACCUGUGGAAAUUUUACUUUUAUAAGUAUGUUUUAUCCUUUUUAUUUGUAUUGCUGUACUUAUACUUUGUACUGGUAUCCAAGGGACUGUGGACUGGUGAAUAUCUGGAAGGCUUCGCAUUUGUGUGUGUGAGGUUAAUCGUAGUGUCUCACUGGGUGUUACUGUAUAAUCAAACAGACUUGUCAUCACGGUCCCCUAAACCUGACUGAUCUUUUUAGUUGAUGGGAUUUUUGUUUUUUCUCAUCACUAGCUUCAAAAGAAGAAUUAUAAAUGGAAAAAAAUGUAACUAUUUCACACAUUUGUCUUUGAGGAAAAAUACCAUUAAGUUGCACGUUUUGUCUUUUAAUUUCUAUGUGCUUUUGAAAUUCUAGUUAAUGUGUGUGCACAUAUUAUCCAUUCCAUCAUAAUGGCAGUAUUGUAAAAAUAAAAAAAAAAGAAAAAGAGAGAAAAAAUACUUUACGUUCCCUUAUUGUUAAUAGAAAUGCCAAUAUUUAAGGAUUGAUUUUAGUUUACCAGCUUUACAUCGCUUUACUGUUUACAUGCUGUUCCAUGUUUAUGUCCAUUUUAGCACAGAGUCAUGUGACCAUUAAUACCAGAAACCAUCGAAACUUACUUCCUGGCAUUACGAACACAUGCAAAUCCAUUUGUACAGUUUAAUCUGUGAGAUAAGAAGUUUUCUCUUUUUUUGUGGACUCUACUUACAGCUGCUAAUUCUGGUUUAUUUUGUUCAGGCAAACUGCAAAUUGAAUUAGUAUGAGAACUGAUUUUUUAAUUUUAGUGCCCUUUAGGAGACUUCUGAUGGACUGGAUUUUUUUUUUUCUCCCAAAUCCAUUAAUUUCAAUGCAGAGCUGAAUGAUCAUUUAAUUAAACUGAUUAAAUAGACAA